AUGCGGUGGUUACGACACCUUAGCUCUGGACGGAGGCUUUUAAAGCAAACCCCCGACCAGUACGUCUCCAAGCAAGCCUCGAAGGCUGCUGAAGAUGCUGCGUUCAAGCUGGCGUUGCUUCUGGAACCUUUCUCAUACGACCCGCAAUACAUUUCCCCCAAUGAGGUCAACCCGGUGCUGCAGCGGCCCGUGCCCAUCAAUGUCGAGCUUUUGCAGUACAAGCCGCUUCGUCACAAGCCCAAGCACGCUGAAAAGUGUGCCACUAUCACCUUAAGAGGUUACAAUGAGGAUGACUUGAUCCGUGCGGGCGAGUUCAUGUUGCGGGCCGCCUACUACUUAAACAUCCCUUGUUCCAAGCUCAAAACUCUCAAAACCGAAAAGCGGUUGUAUACUGUCAUCAGAUCGCCUUUCGCUCAAGCCAAGUCGAAGGAAAAUUUCCACAGAGUGACCUACAAUCGCGAAAUUCUGGCUUUCGAUGCUAACCCCGAAGUGAUUGAUUUGUGGUUGUCAUAUGUUAACAAGUAUGCUUUGGAUACCGUUGAAUACAAGGCCUCGAUCACCACCAGACAAGGCCUUGAAUGGAUUGAAGAUGCUACUUUGCCUGAAGCUUACGCUGACUUGGAUGACCCCGUGGCUUUGAAGGUCAAGGAAUUGUUGAACGGUGAAUUGUUCCAACAAGCCCAAGCUGAAUCCAAUACUACUGCCCCCGAACAGGAUGGCAAGCCACAAGAGCAAAAGGAAACCAAACGAGAGGCUAAGGAAGCUGAUAAGGCCGAUCUGAAGGACACCAAGAAGGAAGCCAAGGCUGCCAAGAAAGAUGCGGUGGACCUGUCUAGUGCCACUACCCCUACUGAGGCUGUCAAGGAGGCUCUUGGGGACAUCAAGGAUGCUGCCAGCAAGGUGACGUCGCAGGUGAACGAAAAGGUUAAGGAGGUGGUUGAAGAAGUGAAGGAAGCCGUUGAGGAAGCGGUGGAGCCUACCAAGGCCAAGAAGGACGAGUAG